UUACAUUUGAUUUAUCACAAGGAACGUUUGUGUGAUGCGUUUAGCUAGCAAUGUGGAAAGUGAUUAAUUCAAUACGACGCUGGGUUGCUGCUAGGUGAAGUAAAAUAUUAACGUGUGGAUUUACCGCGGAUAUGACUGCUCUGUUGUUGUUGUUGCCGAGGAAGUCUUGAGGACAGCGGCUUGAAGACAGUUCUCCGAACAUUUAAGCCAGCCAUCAGGACUCGGUGGCACGCGAACCCAAAUGCUAGCUAACUGCUUAACUAGCUAGAUAGUUGUCUGAUACGAUAGCGAGCUAGUUAACUAGCUACGUUUGGUGAAGAAGAUUACUGUAUGUACUAUGGUCACAACUUGGACUGACAAAUAGAAAUGAGUGUUCAGGUGAAUUUGAAAGGACUACCAUCUCACGUCCUGGGCAAUGUUUACAAACCAGAUAAUCUGAAGAUGACAAGAUCACCAGAGAACGCUCUUGCUGCCCUCACCUUCCCCAAAUCCAAAGUGGCCCUAUGGGACCCCACACCUAAUGGGGAUGUGGUUAGCCUCCACCUCUCCUAUUACAGAAAUCCCAGGCUACUUCUUGUGGAGAAAACUCUUCGCUUGGCCCACCGCCAUGCUCGACAGAGUAACAAACCCCAGUUCAGCUGUUACUUGCUGGGGACUAUUGCUGUGGAUUCUGAUGAAGAGGGUGUGACUUUGACUCUGGACCGGUUUGACCCGGGCCGGGAGCAGCCUGGCUCCUCAGGAAAGGUGCCCACUGCCCUGAUGCCUGGGGACGUCCUGGUGCCCUGUGUGCUGGAAACCCAGGGGGUCUCUGCCACAGACACCAUGGUUCACUCGGCAGAAGACUUCCACAUCUCUUUUAAGAUGCUCCAGCACUGCUGCAGCAGCCGGGAGUCCCUGGACCUGUCCAAGCUGCUGGCCCUGCGAGCCCACCUCAGCUGCUCCCAGCAAGCAGACAGCCUGGGCUUCUGCCUGCGCUGGGCCGCUGCCGCCCCCGGCAACACGCUGGACGCUGUGCCCGUCCGGCCCGUGCCCAUCAUCCCCACCGCCUUGGCCAGGAACCUGAGCAGCCGGUCCAGCCUCACCCAGCCGCUACACAGCUGCGCCAGCCGCAAACAAGGCUUUCUGACCAUGGAUCAAACCCGGAAACUGCUGCUACUACUGGAGUCUGACCCGAAGGCCUAUACUCUUCCACUGGUUGGAGUAUGGUUGAGUGGGGUCACCCACAUCUACAACCCCCAGGUGUGGACGUGGUGUCUGAGGUACCUGUUCAGCUCCUCCCUCCAGGACAAGGUGAUGUCUGAGGGCGGUGCGUUCCUGGUGGUGCUGUACUCACUGACCCACAGGGAGCCAGAGUUCUACCAGGUCCAGCCUUGCAGUGGGCAGCAGGACAUGACCUUUCAACUGCUCACCAGCACCGAGUCACUCACUCUCUACAAGAAUGUAGAGGUGUCCGAGGGCCGUACUCUGCAGUUUGAGCUCAGUGCCGAGACCCAGAACCGUGAGGCAGAGUUCUUCAGGGAACUGGUGUCCUGUUCCUCCUUCAGAAGCCCUGCGUCAAUGGCAGUCUCUCCACAGGACAGGCUGUCAAUCAGCGACCAUGACUCUGGAGUGGAGGAUGAGGACCUCUCCCCCAGGCCCUCCCCAAACCCACACCCUCUCACCCAGCAGACCAAGCGGGUCCACCCCUCUGUGCCAGAGCUCUCUCUUGUGAUGGACGGCAGCUUCCUGGAUGGAAAGACCAUGGGUCGCCCUCAUCCUCCCCUCCCAGCUCUGCAGCACAGAGGCAGUGCCCCUUCCUCGCACCAGCUCCACCUCUGGGCUGCCAGACCCCAAGGCCAGGGUCCCACCGUCCUCGGUGGCCCCCCUCCCAUCAGAAGGCCCCUGACCCCUGCCUUGGCCCCCCAGGGCAAGGGCAGCAGAGGAGCCUCCCUCACCCCCGGGCAGCAGCCACCACCGCUCCGGCCCCCCUCCAGCAGGAAAUCAGCCCCUCCGCAGGUCGGGAAGACGUUGUCUGCCUCUUCAUCAUCCUCCUCCUCCUCCUCUCCAAAGACUGGCUCCUCUCCUAAUGGAUCAGUCCAUCAGGCCAGGCAGUUCCACCAAGCCCCAGGUCACCCCUCUACAGAGGGGCCUCCCCCGUCGGAAACUCUCCACAACCCAGCCCCAGGCACAGCCCCGGCCCCCCCAAUCCCAGCCCUCAUGCCCACUCACCAACAGCCCCCAGUCCAUCCCAAGCACUUCCACAGCACCCCCAACCCCAACUUGAACCAGCCUUGUGGGUGCUGCUCCUUCCAACCACACGACCAUACCCCCCUGUACCACCCCAGCCACUGGCAGGGGGCUUCAGGGCACUUCUGCUCCAACUCUGAUAGUAACCCCGCCACCUCUCACCUCAACCCCUCUCACCAAACAAACCUUCACUACAGCCAAGCGUGCCUCACCGGUGCCCCCCCCACCACACACCACUUCCCCUCCCUUGGGCCCUGCUCUCCCAGGGGCCGCUUGGAGCCUCCAGCCCCCGCCUGUCAGAACCCGUGUUGCCAGGCCCAGUCAACCCCCUCCCUCUCUCCCCUGGAUGGGCCUAUGAACCUCCUAACCUCUGACGCCUACAGAAUCCUGGUGGACCAAGACCGGCAGCUCAAGUUACUGCAGGCCCAGAUCCAGAAGCUACUUGAGGCCCAAGGGAAAGGAGAGAGCUCCUCUCCAUCCACUGAGCAGGCAGCCAUCCAGACACAGACCUCCCCAGGACAACAGACCAAGAGAAGUGUUAACAUCGCUGUUGGCACAGGUGCUAGUCUGUUCUGGGGCGUCCCUGUCGAUGCCCCUGCUCGCGAUGAGGAGCGCCCACAGCCAGAGUGGCACACCGACACAGGGCCUGGCGCUCCCGAUGGCAGCAGGGCCUCCUCUAGUCGGAGCUCUGGCAGUGCCAGCCUUACCCACAGCAGGCACAUAGAUGGCUCGGAAGAAGAGAGCGGGGUCAGAGAGAGACGGGUGUCAGGCACACCAUCCAACCAGUCAACGCACCAGAGGACUCAGUCAGCAUUUGGAGACUGUUCUUUCCAGAGUCCAGUGUUGGGGGAGAGUGCCAGCAUGUACUACCAGUCCCAGUCUCCACAGAGGGACGGCACCAAGAGUCAGGAGCCCAGGGCGGUGGAGGAUGAUCAGCGGUUUUAUCAGGAUCUACUGGGCCAAGUGAACAGCCGUCUCCAGGGAUCAGUGAACGAGGAGGUCAAAGAGGAAGAAGAUCGAAGCACCUCGUACACACUGCGAGAGAGACACAGCUUGUCCCCUAGACAAGUGUCCCACUGUCAGUCCCAGCAGUCAUCCCCUAGCCCUGUUCCCGUCAGCUCCCGGAGGCCGGAGCCCAAAGUAGAGCAGCAGUCAGGAGGAAGGGACCAGGUGCUCCACGCCACGCUGCGCCAGCUGCAGCAGCUAGGGGUCAACGUGGACCUGGACUCUGCCGACCCCGGGGGCAAGACCACGCGCAGCUCUGUAGAGAGUGCCAGUACCCUGGCCGGCAUCAACCCAGAGGCGGUCAUCAGCAGACUGACCCUCCCAGAGUCGAUGGGGACCAGCAUGUGGGGCGGCAGCGUGGACCUCAGCCUGGAGGCCAACGCCAUCGCCCUCCGAUACCUAAGCGACCAGCAGCUCUCCAGGCUCUCUGUAGGGGAGGGCAACAGCCCCCGGGGCCCCGUCCCCAGGUUCAGCCCCUGCACACUGCUCUCAGAGAAGCCCCCAACGGAGAAGAGCGCCAUGGGACAGAGCAGUAUUCUGUCUCCGAACAACAUGUCUUUAGCCACCCGCAAGUACAUGAAGAGAUACGGGCUGAUAGAGGAGGGGAGCGGGAGUGAGGAGGAGGAGAGGGCACUGCAUGCAGACUCUCAAAGCCAGCUACUCAGAGACUUGCGUCCUAAAAUGCAGCUUUUGGCCGCGCGCCAAACACAGUUUGGAGAAGGAGAAUGGCGCCAAACAGCGGCCAUCUUUGGAAAAAUGCAGAGGGAGUGUCCUCAACCAGAAGGGUCGAUGGGAAAUUUCUUGGACCUAAGUAGACUUCGACAGCUGCCGAAACUCUUCUAAAGGACCCAUGGGAACUAAUGCAAAGGGAACUCAAAAUGACAAAUGAAAUGUAUUGUCGAAUCCAUUGGGAUUUGUCAGUUUGCUUGUUUCCUUAGUAAGAGGUUUUUAAAUGCUUCCAUACAUUUUUGUUUACAAUAAAAACAAUUAUGCCUCUUUAUUUUAAUCUUCAUGGUGCUCAUUGUAAUGUAUACAUGUGUGUGUGACCGCUGAUUGACAGAGAUUGUUACCAAAUCACCACAGUGCUCUUUUGUCUGUGAGCAAAAUGAUUCUCCUCUUUCUACUACUACCACUUGGAGGGUGUAGUGUCAUGAUGUAGCUCUUUUCAAUGGUGGCAGCUAGGUCCUUUUUAUCUAUUUUUAUUUUAAAUGCUUUUGAUUUUCAACAUGCCAUGGAUGCCAAUUGUCUGAACCGUUGUAAAAGCUAUUUAAUUUACAGUUUGGCCGUUUAUUGAUAACCACUAUACCAAUCUCGUGGUAAUUUAUGUGCACCUAUUUAUAGUCAAUGUUGGGAUUUUUUAAAGUCUGAUUACAUGGUGAAACAGACUACAUUCAUGCCAAAUUGUUGUACUUUUUAAUGUUGUAAAUAUUUACAUUUCUUUCAUGCUGCAUUGUUUUUCUUGUGUGUGUUUACAUGAAAUGCCUCGAGCAUUAUUUCUCAUUUCCAACUUGAACUUUCUAUUUAAGAUUGCCUCAAUAAAUAUGUACCUGAUUCAUUUA